UCUGAUUGGUCGCGGCUGAGGGGGUGGGGGGGGUCCGGGCACGGAGUCGCGGCAUCGCCUUAAAACCGAGUGCAGCUAUGUUGGCCUCAAAAGCUCUUCGGGAGGACCGCUUGCGCUCACGGUAGUCCAGCAGCUGCGGGACGUUGUUUCAGGCGCGCGGCAGAUGUCCGCGUGAGGACCGGCCCGACCCAGAUUCCUUCACCACCCCUCGAGCGCUUUAAAGUGCCUUUUAUCCUCCGCUUAAACAUGCCUCGAGGAUUUCUCGUGAAGCGCAACCGGAAAGCCAACCCGGUGUCGUAUCGGGUGCGCUCGGAUGAUGAGGACCAGGACCGGACGCCGCGCGUGACGACCCGGGUCACCCCGCCUCCCUCCGCUGCUUCCUCGCUCCCUACCGGUCCAGACCGGACCUUGUCGUCCUCCUCCGCCGCGGUACCGGAGCCGGACGUGAAACCGGUCCGGUUCGGGAACCCGGAUACGGUAUCCUACUGCCCGCAGGCGCUCUACAGCCCCACGCGCCCCAUCAGCCGGGAGCACGAGCGCCCCUGCCCGGAAGGGGCGGCGGUCCACCUGGGCUCGCCCCCCAGGUCCGCCGGCUCCGACCCGACGCCCCCAGCAGCGCAGACCGCCCUGGAACACCUGUUCGUCCCGAUGGACCUGAAGAUCGGCACGAGCAACAGCAGCCGCACGGGCACCACCACAAGCGCGAGCAUCACCGGCGCGAGGACCACCAGCACCGGGAACGGGAACGGUGGCAAGAGGAACGCGAGCGACGGCCCCACGGAGCGCAAGGCCAAGCCGGCGUCCAAGAGACCAAAGGCGACCCGCAAGCUGCACUUCGAGGACGACGUCACCACGUCCCCGGUGCUCGGGCUGAAGAUCAAAGAGGCGCUCCUCGCGGACGAGGAGAAGCCAGCGCGGCCGCGGUCGGCGGACGGGGAGGAGGUGCCGCUCGGGGACUUCGUGUGCCAGCUGUGUCGCGAGGCGUACGCGGACCCGUUCGCCCUCGCGCAGCACAAGUGUUCCCGCAUCGUGCGCGUGGAGUACCGGUGCCCCGAGUGCGACAAGGUGUUCAGCUGCCCCGCGAACCUCGCCUCUCACCGGCGGUGGCACAAGCCCAAGACGCAGCAGAGCGCCUCGAGCAGCGCGCACGCCGAGAGCGAGCCCAUGGUGCGCGGGGACGAGGGGAGGGAAGGAGCCGCGGAUCGGGACACCCCCAGCCCCGCGCUCUCCGAGUCGGGGUCCGAGGAGGGACUCUACGACUGCUCCCACUGCGGGAAGAAGUUCAAGCGCGCGGCGUACCUGCGGAAGCACCUCUUGUCCCAGCACGCGCCCCCGAAGCCGACUCCGAGCAGCGAGGAGCGCGAGGCUCCCCUCCUUCCGACCCCCGCGUCGAGCGACCUCCUCCUCACCCCCGGACCCGCGCCUUUAAACCUGAGUUCUUCGUCCUCCUCUUCGUCUCCGUGUCACGUGUGUCCGGUGUGCGCAGAGAGCUUCCCCAACCGCUCGAGCCAGGAGCGGCACAUCCGGCUCCUACACACGUCACAGGUGUACCCUUGCAAGUACUGCCCCGCCGUGUUCUACAGCUCCCCGGGGCUCACGCGCCACAUCAACAAGUGCCACCCAUCGGAGAACCGGCAGGUCAUCCUGCUCCAGAUGCCUGUGCGGCCCGCGUGCUGACCGGGAGACACGGACACACCUGGCCUCGCCUGCCCACUUGACCCCAGCGGGACGCGGCGAUUCUCUGACGUCACCCGUUCGUCCCGUCCCGUUUUUAGUCUCAACGGGAGGGAAAAGUAAAACGCGUGUAGACUCUUAUUUAUUAUAACUUAUUUUUGUAGCUCUACUUCUGGUCCUUCUCGUUCCUCUUCGCACAAGUGCUUCUAGCUUCUAGACCUAAGAGACUCGUCGCGUCACACGUCACGGCACCACCGAGCGGAUCUUCUCCGUUAACCGGCCCGUUACACCGUGAACGUCACGAGCUUUCCCGUAGAGUAGCCGCCUGCCUUAGAGAACAGCUGUACUGCCUUAACCGGAGACCGUCUCCGCGCUGAUUCACCAUAUUAUUAUUUUAUACAAAGGCUACUGUAUGACCACGAUAUAUAACCCUUAGGACCUUUUAUAUUUAUUUAUGUAUUUAUUAAAUUAUUUGUGUAAAUUAUUGUUCUGUGUGAUCGACGUGUGACCCAUCGAUGUAUUUUUUAUAACCAAAUGAUUAUUGUCCUUGUUUUAAUUUAAUGACCUGUUCUGAGGCGCUGAUAUAGCAAUCAACUACCGGGAGUUUAUAAACGCUCCUGAAUGCAAUCAUUAUUGUUGUUAUAACAUUGUUAUUAUUGUCCUAUUUAUUAUUAUUUAUUUGUCAUUAUAAAUCUGUAGCUCUUAAUGUGUUGGAUGUUUUUGCGCUUAAUGUCCAAACAAUAAAGAACCAAAAGUGAAGAAGUUUUUAGUGUG